GAUCACACAGCAUGGAGGACAGCUCAGAAACAACUGCAACUAUGUUGGAGUGUUUUUGAAAGUUCACAUUGCACAGGAAGUGACAUGAUAGAGAUUGAGAAAGUUCUGCCGGUGUGAUCCCACGGGGGAAAAGCAUCAGAAGCCUGGGAAGCUUCUGGCACAGGGUUGACUUUUGGUGGAGCUGGAUGAUGCUGUUGAGAGAUCUCUGAAGUGCCCCGGAUCACAGUUAGAUAAGAUUGAUAUCCUCCAUCUGUACUCCCAGUAAGUCUUGUUGUGGCACAAACACAGAACGGAUUUGACCCUCCAGGCUGGUGGAUGGACACCCUGGUGCCGGACACGUAUCAGGCCAGACAUGGCCUAGCUUUGCUGGGGCAACUGGAGAGGAUGAGGGCGGUUGGAGAGCUCACAGACGUGGUUCUCCUGGCUGAGGGUGUUCCCUUUUCUUGCCACCGGGUGGUGCUGUCUGCUUUUAGUCCCUACUUCCAGGCCAUGUUCACAUGUGGCCUGAGGGAGACCCGUGAAGGAGAGGUGCCUCUCAGGGACACCUCUGCCCAGAGUCUGGAGCUGCUCCUGGGCUACAUGUAUCGCUCUGAGCUGCCUCUCACCAACCACAACAUCCAGGGUGUGGCAGCCGCUGCCUUCCUGCUACACAUAGAGGGGGCUUUCAGGCUGUGCCAGAGUCACAUGGAAGCCAGUAUGGACCCUUCCAACUGUGUUGGACUGUACCACUGGGCCAGAGAUCUGGGGGCCUCUGACCUAGCUGACAGUGCCUGGAGAUACCUAUGCCGUAAUUUUUCUCAGGUGUGUGAAGAAGAAGAGGUCCUGGACCUGGAUGUUCAGAGUCUGGGGGCUCUGCUAGGUUCAGAUGACCUCAAUGUGUCCCAGGAGGAGAGAGUGCUGGAGCUGGUGCUCCGCUGGGUGGAGAGGCGCAGGGGAAACUCCCAGAGCGAAGCCCAGGCUGUGGAGCUCCUCAGGCGGGUCCGUCUGGAGCUGGUGGAACCUGGCUUCCUCAGGAGAGCCAGGAGGAGAAACCCGGUAUUACUCAGAGAUGCAGAGUGCUUUGGGAUGAUCGACGCAGCCCUCCAGACCUCAGGUCUCUCGGUGACGACGGCCCCCCCUCGGCCAGCUCUCCGUUAUGGGAUGGAGACCACCGACUUGCUCCUGUGCCUGGGGGGGAUUGAUGAGGAGGGCGUCCCAGCCCGGCGGGGAGGUCAGGCUGACCUCAGCUUCUGUUAUGCCCCCCAGGCCAGACGGAUGUAUUUCCUCUCCUCUCCUCUAAGGGCUACUGGGGGGGCUGGGGCGAUCACGGCUGGAGGGGUGACGCAGGGCAACGACAUAGUGGUGGCCAUCGAGAAAGAGGACGAACACAGGACCAAGAGGGUGGAGAUGUACCGGUAUGACCGCUCAGUGGAAGGCAGUUGGGAGAAGCUCUGCUGCACAGGGUACAGGGAUAUGUAUGCCUUGGGGUUGCUAGGGGAUGCUCUGUACCUGAUUGGAGGGCAGAUGAAGGUGAGGAACCAUUACAUCAUCACUGACAGUGUUGAAAGGUGGUCCCUCAAAAGAGGCGGUUCCUGGCUUAGCUUCGCUCCUCUGCCACUCCCGUUGGCCUGUCACUGUGCUGUUGGCCUGAAGGACUGCCUCUAUGUGCUAGGGGGCUGGACUCCACAGUCAGAACGACCGGACGAGGAGCCGGACAGGCUGAAUAGCCGAGUGUUUCAGCUGGACCCGGGCAAGGACACGUGGACGGAGUGUGCCAACAUGAGGUACUCCAGGUACCGCUGUGGCGUCGCCACACUCAACGGAGAGAUCUACAUGCUAGGGGGUAUCGGGUGCGAGGGUGAGGAUUGUGGUCAGUCUCGGCGCUGUCUGAGCUCAGUGGAGAUCUAUAAUCCUAACACAAAUACCUGGAGAGCAGGGCCAACCUUACCCAUGUCCUUCCUUUCCCUCCGAAGCAACGCCUCUAACAUCGGAGUGGUGGACGGCAAACUGUUCCUCUGUGGAUACUAUAAGGGGGCAGGUCGCCAUGAGAUCAUUACCAAAGAAAUCCUGGUGUUGGAUCCUAAAGACAAUGUCUGGUCCGUGGUGGAGCGACGAGCAGCCAUGCAUGACAGCUACGAUGUCUGUCUGGUGGCCAACCUCAAUCCCCGUGACCUCUUAACUUUGUGAUUUUUCCUAUUUUCCUUUCUCAUUUUCUGUCUGUUCACAUGGUGGAACAAUAAAAUGGUGGCCAAUGAGAACAUAUUCAAAUGCCACAUGUUAGUAUGUAGUUGGAAUUUAUGUUCAAUAGCCCCUGUCUGACACAGGUUUCAUCCAAAACCUUGGGAAUGAAUGACCCAUUCACAUCGAAGGAUUAUCUUUAUUUUCAUGCCGUAAAAGGUGGUAUCCACUGUAUUCCUCCAGAGGAACAGAUACAGUCAGUAGCCUCUUGGUAUUCUUUUCUGGGGAAACAAGCAUAUGAAGCAGAGCUGGCCCUAAAUCAGAACGUGAGGACCCUGGCCAAUCAUGUGUCCUCUAUAUCCUGUGUCCGUUUUACAAAUUCCAUUCACUGUCAUUUAUUAUGUACAGUCUGGCCUUCUGGAUUGAAAUGCUGUCAUUAAAUGAAUGUUUUUAAUGAGUUAAUAAUAAACAAAUAUAAACGAAUAAAGCACAACAGGAUUAUACUCC